AUGGCUUCAUCAUUAUCAUCAUCAUCAAUGACUAUGGACUUCGAACAUUUUGGUCACAAAGUUUAUUCAACUAUUAGUCAAAAUAAAAAUAAUCAAAAUGUAUUUCUUUCACCAGCAAGUAUUGCACUUGCUAUGUCAAUGUGUACAGUUGGUGCUCGACAAGAAAC